AUGCCUUCUUUUAGCAGGAGGAGCCAGAGUCCAAUUAACUGUAUUCGACCGAGUGUUCUUGGGUCAAUAAAAAGGAAAGGUGUAACAGAGAUAGAAGAUCAUCCAAAAAGAUUAUUCCAAGGAUCCACCAACAUGCUUUCCCCUGAAGUUUCACAUCAGGCGGACCUGGAGGGAUGUCUGUCGUCGCAUGCUCUCGAUGACAACAGAAGCAGUGCAGGCUCUUCCUGUGACUCGCCAGCUGAAGUUGGCACCAGCACAGACUCUCCAGUCUCACUGGCUGACUCCAGAUCUCCUUUUUUACCGGUAGAUCUUACAGCGAAGUUACCUAUUAACUGA